ACCGGAGCGCCCCGCCCACGCCCCGCUGGGGAUGCCGGCUCAGUGAGUACCGGUGGCGGCACCGCUAGGGACGGCCCCUUCCCGGCGCGGCGAACCUCCUCGAAGGGGAUGACGUAGCUUUGCUUAGGAUUUAUCAGCUAAGCAGAAAAUGAGCUUAACAUCCUGGUUUUUGGUGAGCAGUGGAGGCACCCGCCACAGGCUGCCACGAGAAAUGAUUUUUGUUGGAAGAGAUGACUGUGAGCUGAUGUUACAGUCACGAAGUGUGGACAAGCAACAUGCUGUACUUAACUAUGAUGCCUCUACAGAUGAACACUUGGUGAAGGAUUUGGGCAGCUUGAAUGGGACAUUUGUGAAUGAUGUGAGGAUUCCGGAGCAGACAUAUAUCACUCUGAAGUUAGAAGAUAAAUUGAGAUUUGGAUAUGAUACAAAUCUGUUUACUGUCGUCAGGGGAGAGAUGAGAGUCCCUGAAGAAGCACUUAAGCAUGAAAAAUUCACAAGCCAACUCCAGUUGUCCCAAAAAUCUUCAGAGGCAGAAGGAUCGAAGCAAGCCAGCUCCAAAAGCUCAGAGUCCAAGGUAACAGACUCCACAGCUGAAGUGCACCAUAAAACUGCAGAAGCACAGAAAUCUGAAGACAAAUCAUUGGAUCUUUCUGCCAUGCCUCGUGGGACACCUUUGUACGGACAGCCAGCCUGGUGGGGUGAUGAUGAAGCUGAUGAAAAAAGUGGUUGUAAGCAGGAUAGCAAACUGGAAGAAAAAACACAGGAAACAGGGCUUUUAGGAUCCAGCACAGAUGGCCAGCAAGCUGAGGAGCAACCUGCAGCUGCAAGUGAAGACCUUUAUCCUUUCUGUAGGGAGCCAAGUUAUUUUGAAAUCCCUACAAAAGAAUUCCAGCCACCUUCACAGGUAGCAGAGAGCACGAUUCAUGAAAUUCCAACAAAGGACACCCAAAACUCCCAUGCGUCAGGUGCAGGGCAUGCUUCCUUUACUAUUGAAUUUGAUGACAACACUCCUGGAAAAGUAACAAUCAAAGAUCACGUGACGAAAUUCACAUCGGAACAGCGUCACAAAUCAAAAAAGCCUGCUUCCAGUGGGCAGGACCUGCCUGGGCUUCAAACAGUAAUGAUGGCUGCAGAAAGUAAAGUAGCAGAUUGGCUAGCACAGAACAAUCCUCCUAGAAUGAUAUGGGAACCAACAGAUGAGGAUUCCAAAAGUAUUAAAAGUGAUGUUCCAGUGUACUUGAAGAGACUGAAAGGGAAUAAGCAUGAUGAUGGCACACAAAGUGAUUCAGAAAAUGCUGGUGCACACCGGCAUUACAGUAAGAGGGCAGCGCUUGAAGAACACUUAAGGCAUCAUCACACAGAGCUGAAGAAGUCACAUCAGAAAGUCCAUUCCUCAGAAAAGCAGCAAGAGCAAGCUGGUUUGAGCCAGACUGCUUUUAUGAUUGAGUUUUUUGAUGAAGACCAUCCUCGAAAGAGACGGUCUUACUCUUUUUCUCAGAAUGUAGGAGGUCAAUGCCCAGAAUCUCCAUCUCCAGCGCCUCAUGCGCGAGCUGAAAGAGUGAAACCUACAUCAGGAGAGAAACCAAUCCCUUCAUCUGUGCAAGGUAGCUCAUCACAUCAUAGAGCAGUACAUGGUGUUCAUGCAAAACUUCUAAAACAAAAAUCAGAAGAACCCUCAUUGCCUGUCCUUCAAGCUGCAUUGUUAAGGAGUUCAGGAAGCCUUGGGCAUAGACCUAGUCAGAAUCAGGAGAUGGACAAAAAGUUGAAAAGCCAGCAUAUUACUACUGAAAAAGACAAUGAGGAUGACCAGAGUGACAAAGGUACUUACACUAUUGAAUUGGAAAAUCCCAAUUCUGAAGAAAUGGAAGCCCGUAAAAUGAUUGACAAGGGAGGUUCUACUGCACCUGGAAGUAAACGUUGGGUAUCACAGUGGGCCAGUUUGGCUGCUAAUCACACACGUCAUGACCAAGAUGACAUCAGAUUGGAGUCAUCUGUGUCUCUUCCACUAGAAAACGACACAGACAUCAGUGAGUCUGGUAUUUCUGUUAGAAGCACUGGUUCAGCUGCUUCUAUGACCAGCCAGGGUGAGCGAAAGAGGAGGACACUUCCACAGCUUCCCAAAGACGAGAAAGUGAAUGAAAGCUCAAAAUUCAAACCCACGUCUCAUCAGAGAUCAGAAAUAGGUGAAAAGCAAGACACUGAACUUCAGGAGAAGGAAACUCCAGCUCGUCCCUCAGAUGCCGAUAGCAGAAGUGUAGCCAAGUCCAGCAGAACAAUGAAUGGUCUUUCGCCCAAAGCUACCGGAGACAAAGUAUUUUCUUUUCCCAGCUGUUCCAGUAAAGAGCGAGUUGAAACUGUCAGAGAAACUUCUGUGGUGAAACAGGCUUUAGCAAAAAUUCAACAACAAGAAAGAAAGGAGCAAGGACACUGGACACCCACAAAAUUAUCCUCUACAAAAUCUGCUGCAAACCAAGUUGAGAAAGGUAGGGAGGAGAUCACUAUGUCACCCAAAACUUCAGGUAAUCAAGACAAAGCUCCUGGACACAUUGCAGAUAAGGCAGAAAUGAAGUUGGUGCAGAGUGAGGGAAAAAGAAGAAAAAAUGAGGAAACUAUUAAAGGACAAUCUCCUAAACUAUCUGGAGGAGAAAAAAAGGAAUCUUCAAAACCAUUAGUGAGGCAAGGUAGCUUUACUAUAGAUAAGCCUAGCACAAAUAUACCUAUAGAACUUAUUCCUCACAUUAAUAAGCAAAGUGGAUCUGCUGCCCCUUUAGCAUCUGCAAACAGGAUACAUGACAGAAGUGAUUCGAUGGACACUGAUUCCAGUCUAGAUACAACACUCAUUUUAAAAGACACAGAAGCUGUAAUGGCUUUCCUUGAAGCUAAAUUGCGUGAAGAAAAUAAAACUGAUGAAGGUCCAGAAACUCCAAGUUACAACAGAGAUAAUUCCAUAUCACCAGAAUCUGACGUAGAUACAGCCAGCACAAUCAGUCUUGUUACUGGUGACUCUGAAAGGAAAUCCACACAGAAGCGCAAGACCUUCACAACCUUAUAUAAAGAUAGAUGCUCCUCUGGUUCUCCUUCAAAGGAUGUUUUAAAAUCUUCCGCAACAAGUGCCAGAGAAAAGAUGGAAAAGAAAACUAAAAGUCGGUCUUCAGACGGUGGCUCUAGAGCUGACACUCGCAAAGCUGUGCAGUCAAGUGGAAGAAUGAGACAACCAUCAGUAGAUUUGACAGAUGAUGACCAAACAUCUAGCGUACCUCAUUCUGCCAUUUCUGAUAUCUUAUCAUCUGAUCAGGAAACCUACUCUGGCAAAUCACACGGAAGAGUUCCUUUUGCCUCAGCAGAUGAACUUCUACAUUCCAAGAUGGAAGGAAAGUCAGCUAAAUCAAAAACUUCUCCUGUUGCACUUGGGCAGUCAAGUAAAUCUACCACUCUUCCAAGACCUCGUCCGACAAGGACUUCUCUCUUGCGCAGAGCACGGCUUGGUGAAGCCUCCGAUAGCGAGCUUGCUGAUGCCGAUAAGGCUUCAGUGGCUUCCGAAGUGUCCACUACAAGUUCUACGUCAAAACCUCCAUCAGGGAGGAGAAGUAUUUCCAGAAUAGACUUACUUGCUCAACCGCGCAGAAACCGACUUGGCUCUUUAUCAGCACGUAGUGAUUCUGAAGCAACAAUAACUAGAAGCACUGCCUCAUCUCGUACCCCAGAAGCUAUUCUCAGAAGUAGUGCCAGGCUAGCAUCAGCAGGAGAUAGUAGUAAAGUUUCUGCUAGAACUCGUGCCAAUAGCAUUUCUCGACUUUCAGAUUCAAAAUCCAGAUCUUUGGCUUCAGCUCAUAAUUCUCCCUCAGUAAGUGCAAGAUGGAGGCGCUUUCCUACAGAUUAUGCUUCCACCUCAGAAGAUGAAUUCGGAUCAAACCGUAAUUCUCCUAAACAUACCCGUCUGCGUACCUCUCCAGCCCUGAAAACCACACGACUGCAGAGCACUGGGACAGCAGCUCAAAGUAGCAAUACAUUCAAGCACAGAAUAAAGGAGCAGGAAGACUAUAUUCGUGACUGGACUGCCCACCGAGAAGAAAUAGCAAGGAUCAGUCAAGAUCUGGCUCUCAUCGCACGGGAAAUCAACGAUGUAGCAGGAGAGAUAGAUUCAGUGACUUCAUCAGGCACUGCCCCCAGUACCACAGUAAGCACUGCUGCCACCACCCCUGGCUCUGCCAUAGACACUAGAGAAGAGUUGGUUGACCGAGUAUUUGAUGAAAGUCUCAAUUUUAGAAAAAUCCCUCCAUUAGUGCAUUCCAAACCACCAGAGGGGAAUGGUCGGCCUAAUGAUGCUAGACCUCAGAUAACAGACACCCUUGAUCCCCCCAAAAUUACCCGGAGAAGGACUUGGAGCAGAGAUGAAGUUAUGGGGGACAGCUUGCUCUUGUCCUCAGUCUUCCAAUUUUCUCGCAAGAUAAGACAAUCUAUAGACAAAACAGCUGGCAAAAUCAGAAUAUUAUUUAAGGACAAAGACAGAAAUUGGGAAGAAAUUGAAAACAAGUUGCGAGCUGAAAGUGAAGUUCCUAUUGUUAAAACAUCAAGCAUGGAAAUAUCGUCAAUCUUACAGGAACUGAAACGAGUUGAGAAACAGCUGCAAGCAAUUAAUUCUAUGAUCGACCCUGACGGUACCCUGGAUGCUCUGAGCAACUUGGGAUUCACCAGCCCCAUCUUACCAGCUCAGCCGAAGGCAAAGUCCAGUCCCAUUUCUCAAAGUACCCGCCCUCAAGUACAGCCAAACUGCCAGCCCGAAGCUCGGGCUCUUCAACCCGCUGCUGACCCUGGUGCAGCAGAAUUUGAGAAUGCUGGAUCCGAGUCAGAUUUCAGCAUACGUUUCAACAGAUUUAACCCAGAUGGGGAAGAGGAAGAUGCCACCCUGCGUGAGUGACAUCUCAGUGUUGAUAAAAAACCUUUCAUGUGGAAUGUUUAGGAAUAAAGAAAAAAAUAUACUGGUUUUAUAAUUAAAAAAAAAAAAGAAAAAAGCUUGGUCAAAAGCAGUUGUUUUAUUAAACCAGUUUUCUUUGACUGUGAUGCUUUGAUUGUCACAAAAAUCCUUUUCCAAUCAUAAUGAUAUGCAUAGAUACCAGUGUAGGAAAGCAGAUUGUGGCAGGUUUGCCCUUUGUGGUUGUGUGCUUUGCAAAAGGUUUAUUAAUAUCAGCAAUUUUCCCUUAAUAGAUUUAUUUCUUUUCAAAAGCCAUGCAAGCAGUCUAACAUUUAAUGUUACUGAAACCCCAAAUCUCUUUGCCAAGCUGCUCUGAUGAAUGGACUUCCUCCACUAAAGUUUGUACAGAACUGUUGAACAGUUAAAUUUGACUCUGAAUUAGAUGAUUUAUAUGGGAAACAUUAUCUUUGACUACAAUGACACAUUACUGCAAAAGGUAAGACAGAUUUUAGAAAGCAUUCGUUCUUAUGUACUGAAAAUCUCAAACAGUUCUGUGAUUUAUAUAACCUUGUUGCUGCAUAAAUUUUCUUGGGGGUUUACAAAGUUCACAUAUUAUGUUUGCACUAAGAUUGCUGGGAGUGGGAGGUGAACAUAUCGAUAUCAGUAAAUGGCAAACUGUUUUGGUGUACAUAGGAAAUGGAUAAUACUGUACUUGUAUUAUCAUCGCAGUGUUUUAAUCCACUUUCUACAAAGACUAUUUGGCACUUUUUGAUCUUCUUCAAAUGACUUUUUGAUGUUAAUUAAAGUAGAAGUAUUUCAUAUCUCAUCUCUGUCCAAAUGUUUGUUGGAUCUAGGAAAUAAAUUUAAACAUGGAGCAUUUCAAAGCAUAGUGAGGCAAAUGGGCUUUCACCAAUUCAAAUGCAACAUUGCUUACGGAAGAAGUGACUGUUCCUCGGAACAGUUGUGAGAUGUAAAAUUUUCUUUAGGGGACUUGGAAAUAGAGGUGUCAUCAUUUGCUUCAUCGAUAGAUUCACUCCCAAGUAAAUGGUUUUAUUUGCUUCUGUAUAUUUUCCUGUAGUCUUGCUAGUAAAGCUGUCUCUGUCUUACAUAUUUAAAAGGAUUCUGGAAGACGACUGCUAACAUAGACAUUUCGCUUAUACCACUGGAAAGCAAGUCUGUUUAAAGUUUCCUAUAUAAGCCUAUUUUCCUUAUAAGUUGUCCCAGUAACUUAACAUUUGGAAAUAAUAAUAAAAAAAUAAAAGUAAAUUGCUUUGUAUUUCCAGAACACUGUAAUUUGGAGGAAUGUUAUUUCUGUUAAAUGUAACUAAUAGACUGGAAUUUUCCUAUGUUUGCAUCAGUCUCUAUAUAUUAAGGUUAAAGAUACAGUUUUGCAGCUUUUAUGAAAUGGUCUUUAAUAUUUCAGCAAUAAUCCUAGAUGACAUUUGUUUUAAAACCAACUACUUUCUGUACACUUUUAAAUUGUACAGGCUUUCAGAAGUCAGUGAGGUUGGACCAGUUAAUGAAAAUGCAAAAACUUUUUUUGUAGAGAUGUAAAAAACAACCCCACUAAUCUGUUGUAUAAUGGAUUUCAUAUUUUCUUUAAAAAAAUUAAAAGCAAACAGCCUUCAUGUAUGACUAUGCUCUACUCCAGCUAACUGUGGGAGCCUGGACUACACCAGUUUACAGUGGCUACAAGAGAAGUUUUAGAAGGUACAGAAGGGCAAAAAUAAAUCGAAACUAGAGCUAGGCGGUGAAAACUUGGUGAAACCAAACCAUCACCAUAAUUCCUUCUUUUGUUGAAUGCUUGGGAACAUAACUUUUCUGCAGGCUCGAAUGGAAAGUAAGAAAUUACUAGGAAGGGUAAAAGGUGCAGGCUCUUCAUGUAAGUUUCUGUUUGUGUUCUUUCAGGCGUUUAUACCUUUACGUUCUGUAAUAAGUAUUUUGCAUUACUAUGUUCUUAUUUUGUAUGAACAUGUUCUCCUUAUUUAUUUUUGUUACAUUUAUUAUGUAUGUUAUUUUGUUAUAUGCAUUUACAACUCCAUUUUUAAAUAAAGUGUUUCUGGAACAAA